ACGAGUCGUGUCUUCAGAGUUCCAACUUUUACGCACGAUAGAGCUUUUGACGAUUAGCUUUUUCAUCUAUUCUUUCUCCUACUCACUUUCACGAACCAAUAAGAGGCAGAGAGAGACAGAGAGAUGAGUAGUUCCUCAUCACCUCAUCGCUCUCAUGGUGGCAGUAACAAUAGUAGCAGCAACGGCGAAGAUAGGCCGCGAUUCUUCGACCCAAAAGCAAAGAGCAAGUGCUGGGCAAACGCCGCAAUAGUGCCAGGUCGACACCCUGAGCGGUGGCGCAAAGACGCCGCCGGCAACAUUGUCUGCAAGCGCUUCUGCAAUUGCCAGGGCUGCCUCUGCUUCGAGUACGAUCACAUACUCCCCUUUUCUAAAGGUGGUGAAUCCGUAGCGGAAAACUGUCAGAUUCUACAAACAAGAGUGAACAGAUUCAAAUCAAACAAAGAGCAGGUCGAUGAGAAUCAAUUGAAAGGCUACUCUUGUGAUGUCAAGUUUACAGAUCUGCUAGUACUUGAAGAAUGUGUUUCCUUCAUCCACUCGAUGCAUUCCUCUGUAGUCCCAGAAGGAUAAGCAAGCUGCCAUGCAACUAGUUCCCCCUGCCAUUUACUGACAAUUGGUCCUCCAUACUUAAGCCGCAAAUGUUUUAUGAUCUCCUUUCCAUCCAGUAAUGGCUUUGUAUCCCAGACUUUAUCGAGGCCUAGAUUGGUUGUGGCCUUUUCGGCUGCUUCAAAUAGUUGCAACUUCUUGUUUAACUGAUUGUCAGUGGGAUGUAACAGUGUGUCCAGCAGCAAAGCAACUCGCUUAGGAUCUUCAAUUUCUCAUAAAAGAAAACCUGUCGAGAUACUCGCAGUUUUGAUUCUCUUGAAGUAACAGGGACAUCAUCAACACAUUCACUUCCCAAAUCAACUACGGCGAGUUGUACAUGAUCCCCAUUGGGUUCAAAGCGAGCAAGCAAAGAUGGAAACUUGUCCGCUGCAUGGUGUAUAUUCAUAACAGUUUUGGCAUUGCUGACUUUUUGCUCAAGAGAGUAUCUGAAAAUGAAAUUCACGACAGUAAACAUCUUUUGAUGUGUCAUCAUUGUACAGUCAUCCUUAGCGGUAACAACAUAGCAGCAUAGAGAGAGAGAGACUUCUCUGUUCAUCAUUAAAGGUAGAGCCCCCAACCAACAGAAU